CCAAACCAUUAAACUAAAAUACUUUCUUAUACAUUUAUUGUUAUAUAUUUGUUCAAUGGAGGAAGCUGACAUUUAUCAUAAUCAUCAAUAUAAUUUUAUGUGGAUGAAGAGGAAAGAGAUUAUGACGACGACUCAUUUCGAAGCCCAACAACCAAUAGUGAUGAUGAACUUAUCAUCAUCAUCCUCAUCAUGGGAAGAAAAGGCUUUUGCAGAAGAAUACGCGGCAGCUGGCUCUGCUGGGGGCUGCACAUGGCCUCCAAGGUCUUACUCUUGUAACUUUUGUAUGAGAGAGUUUAGGUCAGCUCAAGCCCUAGGAGGCCACAUGAAUAUCCAUAGAAGAGACAGGGCUAGGCUUAAGCAAUGCCUUAAUAUUUUCCCCAACGGUCAUGAUCUUGAUCACGAUGAAUACCCUUCUUCCAAACCAUCGAUCACCUUAGAUAACACCGAUAAUUUUUUGAUCAACCCUAGUUCAAGAGCUCAAUCAAGAUUAUCGUUUCUUUCUCCUUGUCUUGACCGGAAGGAAGAUCAUGAUGAUAACAAUCAUGAUCAUGUCGAAACUGAUUUGUGUGUGGGCCUUAAUUUAUCAGUUGUUGACCAUGGCAGGAACGUCAAACCAAUAAUAACUACUGCCCAGUUUUUUCGUGAGAAAGAUGAUGAAGAUCAUGAUAACAAGGUCCUCAAUAAUAUCAACACAACAUUCAAGGCUGCUGAUGUUUCUCCUCUAGAGUUUUUCUUCAAGCCCUCCUAUAUUCAUGAUCCUCUUCAUCAAUCCGAGGUAAUUGGAGUCAACGCUUCAUCUAAUUCCAAUAUUAUGGAUGAUUUGGAUCUUGAGCUUAGGCUUGGUGACUCUCAUAAAAUAGUCAAAUAGUUAUGUGUGCACUUCGUACUAUAUAUAUAUAUAUUAAAUCCAACUAUGAUUAUGCGCAUAUUAGAUCCAACUAUUCAGAGAAGUAGAUAAAUUUAUGAUGAUAUCACUACCGAUCAUGUAUAGAGUACUAGUGUCUGAUCUCUGUUUAACAAGUGGUAAAGCUCCCCCUUAUGAUCUCAGUACUGGAAAUAAUUUUGGAUAGUACUUGAGUACAUCUCAUAUAUGUAUGCAAAUAUUGAUAUCUAAUUUCAACUACUGACUAUGAUGAUAUUAUAUUGUGUAAUGAUGAACAUUUUUAAUUGCUCUAUAAACUUUAAUUUCAU